UUCAAACAGCGGUCAACGCGCGAUUAGUCCGACGGUCAACCCUUGGUCAAACUGCGGUUUGACUGCGGUCGGCUUCUUACCUUCUUCUCCGGCAACGCAAGCAGCAGGCGGCGAGGUGAGCGCGGGGCGACAGCGAGGUGAGCGCGGGGCGACAGCAAGGCUCGCGCUGACGGCAAUGGGACGCGAUGGAGGACGGCGUCGCGAGCGUGAGCGGCGAGGUGAGGAGGACGGCGACGACAGAACAAGCGGUGGCGGCGACUGAUCGAGCGACGACGGCAAGUUGCAGAGGUGGCCUGCGGUGAAGGGAGGUGAGUUGGUGAGAGGGAGUUGCAGAGGGGAAGGACACGCAAGAAGGAAGAGUGUUUUAGUUAAGGCUUAUUUGUUUCUUUCAAUUUUGAGUUUUUCAUUAAGGGUAUAUAGAUAAUUUAAAAUUUAAAUUAGGGCGAUCUUUAACAAUUUGAAGGACGACAUUUAGCAAGCGAGCACCAAAUCACCCCUAAGAGUAGUAUUCACAAUUAUUAUCAUAUUCCAGGAACAUCAUCCACUAGUUUCCACUCCAGUUCCCCCGGUGGCGGGAAACCUAAGCCCAAAACCUCCGCCAGCCCGCCAAAUUUACCAACGAAACCGAAAACCCAAUCCCAAACAUUGACUCAAUUCGCUUUAUAUAAAAUCAAUCCCUCCACAUUCCAAAGCGUUCUCCCGCUCCUUUCCUCCAUUUCUAUCCUUCAAAUCCGCCUUCAAAACCCUAACCCUAACCUCUGCGCGGGAGAAGAAUCGCCUCGACAAGAUGUUGGAACUCCGUCUCGUGCAGGGAUCCCUUCUGAAGAAGGUCAUGGAUGCAAUCAAGGACCUCGUCAAUGACGCCAACUUCGACUGCUCGUCGGCCUCCUUCGCUCUCCAGGCCAUGGACUCCAGCCACGUCGCCCUUGUGGCUCUGCUCCUGAGAGCUGAGGGUUUCGAGCACUUCCGCUGCGACCGAAACAUCUCCAUGGGCAUGAAUCUCGGGAACAUGGCGAAGAUGCUCAAGUGUGCCGGCAACGAUGACAUCAUCACCAUCAAGGGUGACGACGGCAGUGACACUGUCACUUUCAUGUUCGAGAGCCCAACCCAAGACAAAAUUGCUGAUUUUGAGAUGAAACUGAUGGACAUUGAUAGCGAGCACUUGGGGAUCCCAGAUGCAGAAUACCAGGCUAUUGUCAGGAUGCCUUCAGCUGAGUUUAUGAGAAUUUGCAGAGAUCUUGCCACCAUUGGUGACACUGUCGUCAUAUCCGUGACAAAGGAAGGUGUGAAAUUCUCUGCACGGGGUGAUAUGGGAAGUGCAAACAUCGUCCUGAGGCAGAAUACUACUGUUGAUAAGCCAGAGGAAGCAACAAUCAUAGAGAUGAACGAGCCAGUCUCCCUGACCUUUGCUUUGAGAUACAUGAACUCCUUCACCAAGGCUACUCCAUUGUCCAAUACAGUCACACUUAGUCUGUCUGCAGAACUGCCUAUUGUGGUUGAAUACAAGAUUGCAGAGAUGGGUUACAUAAGAUACUACUUGGCUCCAAAGAUCGAAGACGAUGAAGAGGAGACAAAACCUGAAGGAUGAUCCCCUGUUUCCCUGUUCAUAUAUGAUCAGUUUCUCGUCUUAGACAGACUUCAGUUUGCUCUCUAAGUUUUCCCGGAUUUACUGUUGAUGCACUGGAGAGUCUGUGUCAUGCUUCUAGGUUGGUUUAUGUGUUGAUGCCUGAACCUUUCUAAUGCUUGGGUCCUUACAUAGCUGUUGAUUGCUAGUCUGAUGAUACAGUCAUGGGGAAUUAGUUAGUAGUUGUAACUUUUGAAAUCGAAUUGGUGACAUGACUGCAAUCAAUCAUGUAGUUAGUU